CUAGGUUUUCUGUGUCAUGUCGUUAGAUUGAGCAAUAAUAAUUUGUACGGAUUGCGGCUUUGCUUUGCUUUCAGGUGCUUCUAGGAAUCUGCAUUCUUCCGUGAGCGAUUCUAAAUGGAAGAAGGGUUUUUGUUGGUCGUUGCAGGGAGAUAGCGAAGAGAGAGAGAUAGAGAGAGAGAGAGAGAGAGAGAGAGGGCGGAGAUAGAGAGAGUGGAGGAUUUUUCUCCUUAGGGUUCUUCUAAGCCGCCGGUCACAGAUUUUUCGCCGCCGAUGUUGUGACGGUCUUGCGCAAGGGAAAUGGUUCUGGAGUUUAGGGUUUGAAGCGAUUCUGUUACGGCUUGCAUUGCGCACUUGGUUUGGGUUUAGGAUUUGAGCUUUUCUCGGACCAAUUUCGUUUGGUCCUCUUUUUCUAUCCUCUUCUUCGUUCGUUGUUUUCCUUAAUGGUUGAGUAAUAUUUGAGGAAGGCUUGAUGGGUUCGUGUGAGGAUGCUGUUGCGGUCCACGAGCCAGUACAUCAACCUGCGUUCGAUCAGCAGCAGCAGUCUUCCUGCUCGGAGUUCGUCGAGGAUUUGGGUGCUGAUGACCACCGCCUACCUUGCCUGGAAAACACCUCGCCCGCGGCUCCUGAUUUGAAUCCCACUGCUGUGCUCGAUUGCUCUCUGGGAGCGGCCCAAAAUGACAAUGCUGGUGCUAGUGUGACCCCUGCCCACGCAUUAACUACUACGUCUGUUGAAGAUAGAGUAGCAGCAACGGAGGUCGGGAAUGAUAAUGCGGUCUGUUUGGGGCCUGGAAAUCUGAUGGAGAACGGAUGUCAGGUUAGUGAGCCAUCUCUGACUAUGAUUCAUGGGGGUUAUGUGGAGUAUGAUUAUAAUGGGGAUACUGAUGGAUUAUGUUGUGGGAAGGUGGAGAACGAUGGAUGGCUUAAUGAUGAACAUGUAGGCAUGAGGGAUGAAAAAUGUGGUUGUGUUGAGAUGGGUGUGGAGGAGGAAAUAGAUUCUUUCUUUGCAACCGAGUUUGAUAAUCAGCAAGACCUGCUUCCUUCACUGGGUCCUGAAAUGCCUGCCGAAGUGCAUUGUUUAUCUAGAGAAUGGAGUAAUGUAGAGAACAAACAGAUUGACAGUGAUCCCUCUACUAAUGAGGUUUUGGUUGUUACUGAUGAGGAGCAUGUUGAUAUAGUAGGUGGGUGCUGUGAUACCGAAAGGCAAAAUUUGAGUUCAUUACCAUCAGUUUUUGAAAAUGCAGCGUGCAUGCCUCCUACUUGUAUUCAACAGGAUAUCCAGAAUGAUGACCAGUCUGUUAAUUCUUCCUCCUUAAAUGCAUUGGCAGAGGUUGUGUACGAGAAAGAUGAUGCCUUGCACUGGCUGGAGACUACUACUAGUCGCCAGUUGUCUUCACAGAGUUGUGUGGAGUCAUCUAAGUUAAUCUUAACUCUUGAUUCGGUUCAAAAUGUUUGUCACGAGAAUGAUAAUAAGCCUGCUGCUUCUUCCGUUGAAGAAGGAUCUGAGGGAAUCAAGGAAAACGAACAUUAUCCUUUGGGGGCUGGUGGAAGUGUUUUAGAGGGCCAAUUGUCAUCUUCACUUGAGGGCAGAAUAUGCACAUCAGAAGUUCCAUUAUCAACUGAUUGUCCUCAACAAAUUGAGCUGGACAACAGGACUAUCAGUGGUUUAACAUCAGAAAGGAUUGGGGAUGGAGAAAGUGAUGCUUCUGCUCACACAGAAGUUGAUAUAGGCACUUGGAUAUCACCACAUGGUGAUGAGUCUCCCCCAAGAACACCAAGUAACAGUGGUGCUAAGAUUGGUUCUGAGAAGAAUGCUAAUCAGGAAAAUGACAAAGCUGACAUUUCGCUUGCAAAAAUUGUCAGGAAGGGUGAAGAAGUUUGUGGAUUUCUCCAUGUACUACCUUCACUAGCUUGUGGAAGGACCUUGGAUUACUUACCGACACCUGUUUCACUCCGUAAUUGUACUCUACAGAAUGGGAAAAUGAAUGAAAGGAAUGUAGACAGCUCUUCUGCAGAGAGCACUUCUGAAAUUUUGGAAGAGAGAAUUGAUACUUCAACUGCUAAGGUUGAAGAUGUCCUUCAGACAUUUUGUGUGGAAGGAAAAAACUGCUAUCUUCCGGAAGGAAGCCCUGAAAUUCCGACCACUGUAUCCAUUGAGAAAUUUUCUUCUCCUGAGUCUUGCCAACCCUGUGACAUUGCGGAGAGUGGAUAUUCUAAUCGGGUGGAGGUACAACAUCCUCUCGUGAUGGAACAAAAGUGUUCCACGAAGUCUGUCAGCACAGAUGCAUGUAUUGAACAGAUAGAAAAUGAGGAUAAAAGCCAGGGCACAACUAAGUAUAUUUUAAAAAACAAAUGCCUGCGCACUCAAUCUGCUCCUGCACGAAACAGCCGAGCUUGCAGAUCAAGUCGAAAGACUCGGUCAACAAAGACUACGAAGAAGGGAAAGAGAAUAGCUCAAGUGUUGGACUUCAAGAAAAGGAAAAGAAGCUGCCUACCCAAACGUACCCGAGCUUGUGAAUGGGGAUUACUGGGGAAAGUCAUGGAAUAUUUCAAGGUGAUUGAUGAGCUUGGAGAUGAUGAAAGUGGGAAUUGUAUAUCACUAAAAGAAAGGGUGGGGCAAGCAAGUAGGAAGCAAAGCAAGAGUAGAGCUGGUGGAAGCUCGCGCAAAUCUGGUGGAGGGAGCUGUACUUUGACUACUCGCAUUCGUUUGAAAGUUAAGGUGGGCAAAGAGGUUAGUCAAACAAUUUUGAACAACAUUGUCCCGAAGGCAGAGGUAGUUAACAUGGCAGUACAUAUGGAUGCUGGUACUGAUGUGCUUCUAACCGAGUCUCGGCAGCAUGUCACCUCUUAUAUCUCAAAGAUCAAUGUUGAUAGAGAUGAAGUUGAGCAACAGAAGAGCAAAGCUCUUCCGGGCACGGAAUCAGAGAAGUUUGGAGCAGACUUUGAUGCUACUGUUGCAGAUGCAUAUUAUUCAAAAAAUAAGCUUGAGGGCACUCUAUUUAAUGAGAAGUCAACUGAAAAUGUGGCAGGGGAUUAUCUUCAGGAUCAUGCUCAUAUAGGGGUGGGCUUAGGAGCAUCUAGAGAGAGGGUUUGUACUGGUUUAGGAAAUUCACCAGAAUCAGAAGUCAUAAAUCUAGUACCUGAGAUUCAGGUUGGAGCACAAUGUCCACAAGAUAUGCCUGAUUGUGGUUUGGCAAGUUCGAAAACGAUAGCUUCUUCUGGGCUUCUCCCCGAAAACCGUAAGGGCAAGAAGGGUAAAUCAGCUGCUGCUGGCACAAACAAAGAAGUUAAAUCAGUCAAGAAGAAAGGUGUUAGGCAGACAAAGAUAGAGAAGUCUUACAAUGACAGUGUGAUGACUUCUUCUUUGACAGAGAGAAUGUCAGGCAACUCAUCAAGCAACAAGGAAUCUUCUGUUGAGCAAUUACAUUCAUCAGAAGAAACUAAAUUGAAUGUAUUUAGAGAAUCCAGCGAUAUGGAUUUUAUUUUGUCCCCUUCACAGACUUCCAAGGAUAUGCUUCCUUCAACUAAAGCUAAGGGGAGUGGAAAUCCAAAAAAAUCGGACGUAUCUACGAAGAGAAGGUCUAAAAAUUCAUCUUCGGGGAAAAGCAGAAGAUCAAGCAGUUGUAAACAGAAGGUAAAUGAGAAGGGGACUGCUAGUGAUGUUGAUGCAACUGCUCGUGAUCCUGCUGAUAAUGGAGUGGAAGGUGGCAUGGGAAAAGGGACUAUCAAAGAAGACACUGGUGUAGCUAAUGUGGGCGGUGUUCUUGGUUGCGUAAGUGUCGAUGAUUCGGGCAAGCCAUUGGAUACGUCCACGAUGCAGCAUUUGCCUUUGGAUAGUGCUUGGGCGCACUGUGAUGAUUGUCAUAAAUGGAGACGUAUUCCUGUUGAACUGGUGCAGAUGAUUGGAGAAAAUGACCGUAGAUGGACAUGCAAGGACAACAUGGAAAAAAAGUACGCAGAUUGCUCCAUUCCCCAGGAAAAGUCCAAUUCAGAAAUUAAUGCAGAGUUGGGAAUAUCUGACGGAGAUGAAGAUGCCUUUGAUAUCCCUGUGAAUAAUAAAGGGAUAGAGAAUAGACAAAUAGUUUCCAAGGAGCAUGAAUUUACAAGAAUUUCUACUAAUCAGUUUCUGCACCGUCGUCGUAAGACUCAAAACAUUGAUGAGGUUAUGGUUUGCCAUUGUCGACCACCGGUAGAUGGCAUGCUGGGAUGUGGAGAUGAAUGCUUGAAUCGAAUGCUCAACAUCGAAUGUGUUCAUGGCACCUGUCCUUGUGGGGACCUCUGUUCAAAUCAACAGUUCCAAAGGCAAACUUAUGCCAAUAUGAGGUGGGAUCGAUGUGGGAAAAAAGGUUUUGGGUUGCGAAUGCAAGAAGAUAUUUCUAAAGGGCAUUUCCUUAUUGAAUACGUUGGAGAGGUGCUUGAUAUGCGAGCUUACGAGGCACGACAAAAAGAGUAUGCAGCCAAGGGUCACAAACAUUUCUACUUUAUGACAUUAGAUGGCAGUGAGGUAAUAGACGCGUGUGCCAAAGGAAAUUUGGGACGUUUUAUUAACCACAGCUGUGAUCCUAAUUGCCGUACUGAAAAGUGGGUUGUUGAUGGAGAAAUUUGCAUUGGGCUGUUUGCACUGAGGAAUAUUAAGAAGGAUGAAGAGCUGACAUUUGACUACAACUAUGUAAGGGUUUUCGGGGCAGCCGCCAAGAAAUGCUAUUGCGGUUCAGCUCAAUGCCGUGGUUACAUUGGUGGUGACCCAACUAACUAUGAAGUAAUUGAUCAAGUUGAUUCAGAUGAAGAAUUUCCUGAACCUGUGAUGUUUGAUCACCGUGGAAAAUCUUUGACAAAAGCGCGUUCAUCUGCACAAACACGGAUUACAGAUAGCGUUUCAACAGAAAGGGAUAAAUUGGAUGAGGAUGUGGAAUCUCUCGGAAAAAGCAAGGUCUUGGCAAAAGUCGGUGCUUAUAGGAGUAAAUCUCCUGAUAUCUCUCAGGCUCGUGGUUCUUUGGAAAUGACUGAUAUAAAAGCAAAUGACCCUCCUUGCCCAUCAGUGGAAACCUCUUGUCAAGCUGAACAUAUAAUGAGCAAUCCCUCCUCUGAUAUUGAGAAAGUUGUUUCAAUGGAGGAACCUGUAGACAGAAGCUCGGGUUGUAUGCAGGCGUCGGAGAAAUCUAUUAUCACGACACAUGUAAAAUUAUCAACUGAUGAUACUGUCGCUAACAAGUCAAAAUCUGUCGUUGAAGAGAAGCGGGUUUUUGUAAAAUCCCGUUUUCUCAUAAAAAAUCAAUAUGGAGCCACUAAGAAAGGGAAGCUUAAUGGUAGUCCUCAAAUUGUAAAUAAAUCUCAGAUGGGGCCCAACAAAUUUCAAGUGCAACCUCUUAAGGUUAAAAAAGGAAUGGAAGGUGUUCCUAAUGGUCGUCUUGAGACAGUGGAAGAGAAACUUAAUGAGCUGUUGGAUGUCGAGGGUGGCAUAACAAAGCGGAAAGAUGCUGCUAAAGGCUAUCUGAAGCUUCUGCUUCUUACUGCUGCUUCCGGUGCUGGUGUAAAUGGUGAAGGAAUCCAAAGUAAUCGAGAUCUCUCCAUGAUCCUUGAUGCAAUUUUGAAAACCAAAUCCCGGGCAGUCUUGAUUGAUAUAAUCAACAAAAAUGGUCUGCAGAUGCUUCACAAUAUAAUGAAGCGGUAUAGACGAGACUUUAAGAAGAUUCCAAUUGUCCGUAAACUUCUAAAGGUUAUAGAGUAUUUGGCGGUCAGGGAGAUACUGACAACCGAGCAUAUAUAUGGCGGCCCUCCCCGGCUGGGCAUGGAGAGCUUUCGAGAAUCAAUGCUGUCCCUAACGGAGCACGAUGAUAAGCAGGUACAUCAAAUUGCUCGCAGCUUUAGGGAUAAAUGGUUUCCUCGACAGAGGUACGAGUUUAGGUCAACCUGUCCUGAUAAGGACGAGAGGAGGAAGGAAUUCCACAGGGGAUCGAACGGACAUAGGCCACCAUCGACAGUGCACAAUAAUCCACGGCAUGAUCAGGGUGCUAGACCCACCGAAGCCGUAGAUUGUGUUGGCCAAUCAAAGGUCUCCACAGCUUCAUCCGAUAGUGCUGUUGUGCAGUCGGAGGUUCCAUCGAGUUCGGUGGAAAGAAGUGUGAAUGAAGGCUCUUCUGCACCUUGUAGUACCGAAGUCGGUCAAAGGACCCGCAAGCGGAAAAGCAGGUGGGACCAACCAGCUCAGAGUAAGCAUCUUUUUCAGAAGACACCAGAGGAAUUUGAGAAUGUGAAGAAAGAGGAAGGCAGUUGCUGUCGGCAAGAUGAAGCGAGUGAUGCUGUUGAUGUUCCACCCGGGUUCUCAUCUAAUCCUGUGGUUUCUUCUGAUAAUAGCUCGCUUGCUGUUGCUGAUCUUCUCCCAGAACAAAGUACUUCUCUUUUGAAGUAUCCGUUGAGUGAUGUUGUUGAUGCUCCACCCGGGUUCUCAUCUAAUCCUGUGGUUGCUUCUGAUAAUAGCUCGCUCACUGUUGCUGAUCUUCUCCCAGAACAAAGUACUUCUCUUUUGAAGUAUCCAUCGAAUGAGGUUGUUGGGAAUCUACAGAAGAAAUUCAAUUCAUGCUUGCCUGUCUCGUAUGGAAUUCCCUGGCAUAUUGUGCAACGAUUCGGCUCACCUGGGGAUCAAGCUGGAAGUAGUUGGGUUGUUGCUCCAGGGAUACCGUUCCAUCCAUUUCCACCAUUGCCACCUACUCCUUACCCUAAGGAAGAAACUCGAGAUUGUCUUACCACAAAUCACCAGGAACAUGUCAGCCACCAGUCUGGUGGUUAUCCUAUUGAAAAUGCUAUUGCAGGCACAUCUGGUUAUAACAUCGUUGACACUGUGAUUCCAUGUCGAACUGGGGCACAGGCAUUCAAUCACCCAAAAGGUGGUUCUUAUGGUCUGGGAAGGAAGUAUUUUAAGCAACGGAAGUGGAACAAAAGGUCCCAGUGGAAUUGGAGGAAUGAAGGGCGGGCACAUAAUGGGAACAACACGAGAAAUGUGGCAGUUUGUAGCUCCAACAUUGCAGGAGGCAUGAAUCAACAUGAACACACAAAUUCUUCAUGUAGUUCAUCCACAGGUUGUAACCAGUAGUAGAAAAGGAGAAUACUGGCAAUUUACAUUAGCCCGCUUAUGCACAGCACCAAAAGAUGAGAAGAAUGAUGUUUAUGAACUCCCAGAAUUUCGUCCCAUACAUGUUAUGUAUGUCAAUUCUUUCUAAGAGUUAGAUUUAAAGAUGAGUUAUUCAUUCAAUACAAAAGUUGCUUUUCUGCUGGCCCUCACGAUGGAACCGUUUCAAGUCGCCCUCUCUGUGAUAUUGAAGAACUUGGCCUUGGUGAGGUACGUAAGUUGGUACCUCUUCAUGCACGAUUAAUAAUUUGUUUCAUCUAAUGUAUAAAAGCACUGGAGUUGUUUGUGGUUGUGGUUCUGAUAUGCUCUACAGUAGCUAGCUCAUUUUUGUUGCAUAAUCCUGAUGAAUACCCUUCAUUACCGAUGAACUUCUUGUCUUCCUUUGAAUCUAUAUAAGAAUGUUCGUCGUCUGCUCCUUGAGUAUCUGUGCCCAAUUAAGUAGAUCACGAGUUGGCUUAGUAGGCUAUAGUAGUUAUCCAUGACAUGCAUGCAGAACAUAGAGAGAGAGGGACCUUGUGUGCUUUUUCCUUUUCGUGUUUUGAUCAGACUUACUAUGACCAUCGAUUUUGUUCCGAGUCUUCUAUUUUGGUAAAGUUGACUUUCAUUAGAUUUGUGAUUCUCACUACCAACCUGUUCCUAACUCGUGGGAAAGACAUAACGAACUCGAUUAAAAAUUUGUCUCGUCCUUAGAUUACGAUUCAUUUCUUGUCUCAAGUAUUCACUUGUUGCAUACCGAACCUAAACAGAUUGGUCGCAACUUCCACGUUGUGUGUGCAUUUCCUUGCUGAUUCAUUAUGCUGUGUUCAGUAUUGUGAAGCAUUGGUCGUCUCUUAAUUGAUCUAUCGUGAAUUCCUAAUGACAUGAUGGAGCAGGGGCUGCUGGAGUCUUUAGUCUUUCUUUAUUCGAUCUAUUAAUAGCACUUGAUAGAUCUGCUGCUGCUGUCUUGAUGGAAAAAAGUGAAGAGACUGAUGACUCUUUAUGUCUAUCCCUCUUGAAUGGAGUUUGAAAUGGUUCAAGAACAGAAUAUCAUUGUCAUCUUGUAGUGCAAGGACUGGAAAUCUCCUUUGCUGUGGGGUCUUUGCGCUUGCCAAAUUUCUCUCGUGGAUCAGCCAGGCUAAAGUUCAGUAUGAGAAUCCACUCAUUUGCUCAGAGGAUAGCUCCGACAGAGAUGACUGGAUUUGGUGAUACGAUUACGAAGAGUGUAUUCAAGGAUCAUCCUGGUUGACUUGAGCCGUCUAGAUCGUGGAUAAGCUUUCCUGGGGAAGAAAGAGGGGUAGGCUUUAGGGAAAUGAGACGUUAUUAUCAUUAGGUACAUCUGGCAUGUGCUAUUAGCAUUAUCGUGGAAUGUGCUAUUAUUAGCAUUAGGUACAUCUGGCAUGUUACACAGUUGCAACAUUUCGAAUUACUUAUAGCUAUGCAACAGGUAAACUUAAAGGUUGGGGGCUGGGGGAGAUGAAUCACCUCAAUGGUAAACACCUCGGAAGCAAUACAAACUAAGGUUCGUCAGACUUUGUCAUUCCUCCGGGUCAGAGGUAUAGUGGAAAACGCUGAUUUUUCCUGGCUGGUGCAGAAGGCACCUGCUGAAUAUGUCCAGUUGUUUAGUUUUGAACAUAUUCCAGUUGUCCGUUGUUGCUCAAUUCCCAACCUGUUGAUUAUUCCGCCAUCAAACUUAUCAUGAUUCCACGUUUCGUCG